GAAGCAUUGCUGUUGCCCAGGUUGCUGGCCUGAGGAGUCUGUGUGUGAAUGCACUGUGUGAUGUGUCGAGCCCUCCCCUCCUGGAAUGAGCUUGUCUAUGAUAACAACGGUUAUCCCUAUCCUUCACCAAUAUGUACUGAGUCCUGUCAUUCAUUCAUUCAUGGCUGAGCAUCAAGUGCUCCAGGCCCUAGAAUGCAGAAGGAAUAGAGGUAAUUUAUACUCUCAAAUACCAUCAAACAAAGGUGUGCAACACCAGAUAGGAUAUUCCCAGUGCUAAAUUAGCUAGUAUAGAUGCCUGUAGGGGUCUUGCUUCGGGGUCUUGCUUCAGAAGAGAGAGAAAUCUAUUGCAUAAAUCACCCUAAGGAAGCUCCUGAAGAAGGGUCUCUCAGGAGCUGCAGGCAAGGCACACAGACCAAAUGGGGAGCAACAUGUGUGAAUGCAGCAACGUAAGAAAAAUGACACAGGUUGACCAGAAGCCCGGACCAGUGAGAAGCCAGAAGUUAGGGAGCCCUGGGGAAUAUGGGAUGAUGGAGAGAGACAGGCCAGCUUACUCACAGGCUAGAAGGGUUAUUCCUAUACUUAUUGCUGUAACAUCAUUUUUUAGUAGAAGAGGGGCAUCAAAAUGGAAGAUUGCAAGGGACCAUGGAAUCUAACUGUGCUGAAGUCUAACCUGAAGCCAGAAGCAAAGAAUACUUGGGACAAAACUAAGAAUUCUGGUGACAAAUAAAGUGUGAGAAUUCAUGGAGAAAUGAAUCAAACAUUGGGCAACAGGAAGAAUGAUCAAGGGGUGACAAAAAUAAAAGGGUUUUUGGGAUGGCCAACUGGAGCUCAGAAGACUAUAUGGACCUCUAUCUGGGUACUAUCUUGGUCGUCGGAUGCAUAUUGUUAUUUCUGACCCAGACAUGAUCAAGCAGGUGUUGGUUGAGAACUUCAGUAACUUUACCAACAGAAUGCAGGCAUCAGGUUUGGAGCCCAAGCCAGUAGCCAACAGCAUUCUCUGCUUGCGUGACAAAAGAUGGGAAGAAGUCAGAGGUGUCCUGACUUCUGUUUUCAGUCCUGAAAAGCUGAAUGAGAUGAUGCCCCUCAUCAACCAAGCCUGCGACCUUCUCCUGGCUCAUUUAAGACGCUGUGCAGAAUCAGGGGACCCGUGCAACAUCCAGAGGUGCUACUGUGCGUACACCACUGACGUGGUGGCCAGUGUCGCCUUCGGCACCCAGGUGGACUCACAGGAAACUCCUGAGGACCCCUUCGUGCUGCACUGCAGGCGCUUCUUUGCCUUCAGCAUCCCCAGUUCCCUUCUGGUCCUAAUCUUAUCGUUUCCAUCCAUAAUGGUCCCACUGGCCCGGAUUCUACCCAAUAAGAACCGAGAGGAACUGAAUGGCUUUUUUACCAAACUCAUUAGGAAUGGGAUUGCCUUGCGGGACCAGCAAGCAGCAGAAGAGCGGCCGAGAGACUUCUUACAGAUGGUGCUGGAUGCCCGGUGUUCUGCCAGCUCCGUGGGUGUGGACCACUUCGACCUUGUCGGAGAAGCCCUGUCCUCUGCCGCACGUAGCUCGGACCCCUCUGCACAGCGCCAGCCCCGGCCCUUGUCCCAGCCACUCACUGUGGAUGAGAUCGUGGGCCAGGCCUUCCUGUUCCUCAUCGCCGGCCACAAGAUCGUCACCAACACGCUCUCCUUCGCCACCUACCUGCUGGCCACCAACCUGGACUGCCAGGAGAGGCUUCUGAGAGAGGUGGACCUUUUCCACGAGAGGCAGGUGGCCCCUGACUACUGCAGCCUGCAGGAAGGCCUGCCCUACCUGGACAUGGUGAUCGCAGAGACCCUGCGGAUGUACCCGCCGGCUUUCAGGUUCACACGGGAGGCAGCACGGGACUGCGAGGUGCUGGGGCAGCGCAUCCCCGCCGGCGCUGUGCUGGAGGUGGCCGUGGGCGCCCUGCACCAUGACCCUGAGCUCUGGCCGUGUCCUGAGACCUUUGACCCUGAAAGGUUCACAGCUGAUGCACAGCGGCAGCGGCAGCCCUUCACCUACCUACCCUUCGGGGCCGGGCCCCGGAGCUGCCUGGGGGUGCGGCUGGGGCUGCUGGAGGUCAAACUGACACUGCUCCGCAUCCUGAGCAAGUUCCGCUUCGACGUCUGCCCCGAGACUCAGGUACCUCUGCAGCUAGAAUCCACAUCUGCUUUAGGUCCCAAAAAUGGUGUCUACAUCAAGCUUGUACCUCGAUGACGAAGACGGCAGCUGGGGAAGAGAAGUCUGCUUCCAGGGUACCCUCAUCUAGCAAUGCGAGUGAGGAGAGGGUGCCUGGAGUGCAUGCAGAAUAAAGGUCACUGAUAUGAUCCCUAAAUGCUUAAUAAACAUUCACUGCAGUGACAUUGCUAUUAA